AUGAACACUGGAACUCGUCGGACAUCGUCACGCCGGCGCUCAGGCACUCCAAAACGCGACACUGAGACGGCUAGGGAAAAAAUAUCUCCCGAGGAGUCGUACAAUCUUGUGGUAGAAAGGAAAUUUACUCCAGAAAAGGACAAGUGGGAUGGUCAAUAUGAAUUCUGUGGUCCCUGGGGCGCCCUUGGCAUUAUGUUACUGUCGCAUGUGCUGAUAUUUUACUUUUUCGUAUGCAUAGAGAAAUUUCAAGGUACAAUGAUAUACCCAGGUCAUCCACUACUGCAAGGGGAGAACAUGUUGAACGUGUUUUGGGAGUAUCUGAGUGUACAUGCGACACCGACAUGGGAGACGUUUGGCGUCUUUACAGGUUUUUUUCUUCUUGAAUACAUAUUGGCUGCACUGCUUCCCGGUGUGUAUGUCAAAGGACUUCCCAUUCCAAGUGAAAAUGAUUACCGCUAUGUCUACAGGUGCAAUGCCGUUCAUGCAUGGUAUUGUGUCAUUCUGUUUGUGGGGGCAUUACAUUUUACUGAAUUGUUUCCUCUCUGGAAGUUGCGUGAGGAAUAUGGCCGUUAUUUGUCCACUGCUACUAUAUGGGCUGAUGCCAUAUCGAUUUGGGUGUAUAUUUCUGGUCUUCGAAAACAAAUUCGCAUGUCUCAUAAUGUUUUUUAUGACUUUUUUAUGGGAUCAGGUCUCAACUUUCGUCUCCCCGGUAAUGUGGACGUGAAGUUGUUUGCAGAAUGCCGGAAUUCAUGGGUGUUGUUGAUGAUUAUUACUCUAAGCAAUGCCGCUGCGAUGUAUCGAGAGAUUGGCUACGUUACAGGCAACAUGUGUUUUCUUGUUUUUGCACAGCUCUUGUAUGUGAAUGCGAUUCAGAAGGGUGAGGAAUGUAUUAUCACUACUUGGGACAUUUUUUACGAAAAAUUUGGAUGGAUGCUAGCUUACUGGAACACGUGUGGGGUGCCAUUUUUGUAUUCCAUACAGGCAUUAUAUAUUCAGACAAUUCUUAAGGAUUAUUCCUAUAAACCAUGGCAAUUGGCGCUUAUGGUUUCGACUCUCAUUCCAGCGUACUAUAUCUGGGAUAACGCCAAUUCACAGAAGAAUCGUUUCCGCAUGAUGCGUCACGGCGUCCCUAAGUACAUCAUCCAACGUAGGGCAUUUCCGCAGCUGCCCUGGGGACAUAUUGAAAACCCCCGUACCCUGAAAAGUGAACGCGGUGAACUUUUUGUGGACGGAUGGUAUCGCUACGGCCGUAAACUUCAUUACACGGCUGAUCUGGUUAUGGCAUUUUUGUGGGGUGCGUCAUGCGGAUUUGACUCUUUCAUCCCAUUCUUCUACUUUUUCUUCUUUAUCAGUCACCUUUUGGACCGCGAGCGCCGUGAUGACCACCGCUGCCGUAGGAAGUAUGGUGAGCUGUGGGAACGGUACCUGAAGUUGGUUCCGUAUAAACUGAUCCCGGGAAUAUAUUAA